AUGUCUUCCCAUCUGCGCGAAAUAUCUGAAGAUUCUGUGGCUUCCCACGAUACAGAACUGUCCACAGAUGCUCUUUUGGCCAGAACUACCGAAGAAAUGCUGGUAGUCACAGAGGAUCCACCAAAAGAUGAAGACAUACUGCUACGGACCCUGAGCGAUAAUGCGCUUGUUGUGAUCGGGCGAGGAACAUGCGGCACGAUCUUUGAGAUUCCUGGAACAGAGUCUGCGUACAAAAAGAUCAGCGAGAAUGAUUUAGAAAUCUGGUGGCGAGAGAACUUGUCACGAUUCCCCGACGAUACUCAGGCCGGAUAUCUUUUUCAAGUCCAGCGAAUCUUUCCGCUUCCUAAGCCCUCCCGCGAAGCUCUCAUUGGGCUCUAUUUUCCGAAGGAAAUACACCUUUCUGCAUACGAAGACCCGGAUAACAAGGCAUGUCUUAUCCGACCAUACCUCGGACAGCGAAGAGGAAAGUGGGAAUUUUCUAGUCCAGCGCUCAGCCUUCAGAACGUUGCUCUCUAUCUCGAUCAGAUAGAGGAACUCCAGCUCGAAGCUAUCCAAUUCUCUAAGGAGAUGGCCAUUGGACUGGCCAUUGUACACUGGAAGGCUUGCUUGGACGGCAUGGACAUGGAAUUCGUACUCGGUAGUGCAACGACAAAUGGAGAGCUUCCGACCGUAAUCGAGAACUUUAGGGCAGUAAAGCCCUUUGAUAUACUUGCUGGUGAGUUUAAGAGGCUGCAGGUGCAUCUAUGGAUGCUUAAUUUUGAUAAGGCUAACCAGCUUAACCUAAAGAAGAGCUGGAAGUCUUGCUGCGAUAAAAUGGUUACUGCUGUGACGGCGAAUGACCCCUAUUUCCCCAACCCAGCAUCGACAGGAACCCUCGAACACAAGUUAUGGGAUACAUUCGAGCGCGCCUAUCUUCUUACUGCGUCUAUUCUUAUGCUUACACAGAAGUGGUUGCCAAAGAAAUCGACUAAAUAG